CUUGUGGCCCCUGACACAUUGGCUUUUGUUAACACUUCACAUUGAAAUUGACCCUGGCUGUAGUCUAAGGGAGGGGGAGAAGGAGGAGGGAGCCGUGGGGGGUGGUGGGGUCCCCCGACGCAGAAACAAAAAAGCGAAUCGACGACUGACAAUUUCCUGAUGGGAGGUGCUGCUUAUCACUCCCCAAAAUCUCCCGUGCUCAGAGGAGAGGACACUCCGGAGCUACACGCACACAAUGGACUAAAACUCACGGAGAGAGAGAUCAAUAUCAUCAGCUGUGAAACCCCGCAUUACAAUUAAGUGACUUCCUUUGAGGCCCAUUUUAGUCUCUGGACGCUCAGCUCUCAUCAGAUCUCCAGUUAUGAUUCCGAGGAACGAGGUCGUGCUGUCUGUUUUGGGAGAGCUCCAGGAGGCCACGGAGAGCUCUGGCCUGGAUGCUCUGACCAGAGUGGCCCUGGAGGUGGACCAGGUCCUCGCUCCCUUCCAGCUUCCCAGUACCCCCUGUCAAGAGUUCCCUGAGUGGGCAGGCGUGGACGACAUAGCUCACGGCCUGUACCCGGCUGAUGCACCCAGGGGCCUCCUGCCGGUAAACUGCAAGGGAGAAGGCAACUUGCUGUUUGAUGCAGUCAGCAUGUUGUUAGUGGGGAGCACAGGUCUUAGCUUGGAGCUACAGGUGCGGACCGUAGUGGAAAUGGUGCUGUGGAAGCGAUACUACCUGUCUGGGAUGAUUGAUUCUAAAAUGAUGCUCCAGGCAGUUCGCUUCAGUCUUUGUGCUGAAGAGUCCGAGGACAUGCUCAAUCUGCCUGUCACAGUCUUGGAGGCUAUCUUUGAUGCAGAUGUCAAAGCUUCCUGCUUCCCUGGCUCCUACGCCAACAUGUGGCACGUCUACGCCCUAUCAUCUGUCCUUCAGUUUGACAUCUACUCCAUCUACCCCAUGUUCAACCUCAAGAUCCGACCCUACUUCAACCGAGUCAUACGUCCAAGGACCUGGCCCAAAGACUCAGAGCCACAAACCCUCCACAUCAUGUGGUCCGGCGAGUUGCAGUCUGACGGCUUGUUCAGGCCAAAUAAUUUUGUCGCACUAGCCCAGACCACCGACCUCACGUUUGGAUGUCCUGACAGUGAGCAGAGGGCAUCGCCCAUCAAGAGUGAGGAGCUGCUGAACCAGGAAUCGCAGCUUUCUUACCCGAGUCUGAAGGACAAGUACAACAUCACCAAGAGGACCUUCUACCGCUGGAAGAGGCAGACACAGGAGCACUGCAAAAAGUCCGCAGCUAGGUAUGAGGCCAAGUAUUUCCUUCAAGCUUGUUACUUGGAGGGAAAGCUCAUCCCUCUGCACCAGUUCAAGGAGUUUUUCCCUGAGAUCUCAAGGUCAUCUUACUAUAACUGGAAGCAUGAGCUUCUGAAGUCUGGAGGAAACUUCUCCACCUCAUCUUCAACUGGAGAGAUCAGUCCUGGAGAAAGUACAGAGCAGGAGGCCUGGUCUUCACCUGAAGCAAAGCAGGAUGAGCCGGACCACCAUGACAGCGUGGCCAGUAUGUUUGGCCUCAGCCUCGGCAAGUUGGAUCUAGAGCGGGCCCAGAAUGUAACGCAUAUGCAGGAAGCUAAACGUUGUCUGCAGAAUUGCAUCGCCGUGAAUGCCUCCCUCCCCUUCAGGGUCUUCAAAAGAAAUUUCCCUGGGAUCUCCAGGUCAACCUACUACAACUGGAGGAGAGAAGCCAUGCUGUUCAGUAGAGGUUACAAAGGCAGUGUUGGCAGCAGCGAGGACAGCUCAGAUGCUGACAAGAGCCAAAGUCCAAAAAGUCUGUCACCAGUCCUGUCUAACAUCCACCAGGCUGCCAUGCCCAGAAUGAGGAUCUGCCGGCGAAAACACAGAAGUUUUAGGCUGGCGUACAUGAGUAAAAAACAGCUCAGAGAUGCUGCAAAGCUGCACGUCCAGAAAUCAAAGUGGUCCCUGACGAAGUUCAAGCUCAAGUUCCCGUCCAUGUCCCCUUGUUUCUACUGGCUGUGGCGCAGCAGGCAGAACCGCAAGAAGAAAAUGGUCGUCCAGAGUGCCGACGUCCUCCCUGAGAUUCCGCAGAGCACCACGACAGAAAACAAGAUUACGGAGAGGAGGGUGGAGAGUCAGUCUAUGCUCCCAUUUGUCGAGAGCCCUAGAUAUCUAGAAAGUUCCCCCGUGCCCUCUUUUGAUGCCCCACAUUCAAAGCACAUCCUUCUCGGCAAGGCACCAAUAGAUGAGCAGAUGUUUGCAAUGGAUGUUGUGGCUCUGGCCAACUUCAAGGCCAAGGCCAAGCUUUUCCUUCAGCAACGCUUUGAGGAAAAAUCCUUCCCUACGUUUAAAGAAUUCCGGUCUUACUUCCCCUUCACUCCACGCUCGACCUACUACAUGUGGAAGCGAGCUUUGCAUCAUGGGGUGUCACUGGUUCAUGGAUAAAUGCCCAAAGCUUUUAUCCUGUAAAAAUGGGCUUUUGAAAGCAAAAUCUUAGCUCUGAUGAGGAACCUAAAACCUUCACAUCCACCUUUUUACCUCAGCAUUUUGUUGUAAACACACUAGCUACACACUCUUCCCUUUAUUUUUUCAUGUUCUACAGGACUGUUGAGUACACUGGCUUAGCAUCUAAAUGCAUUGUGUCUUUCCUCUGCCCCACCACCACAGCUCAUUCCUUCCUCCUGGACAUUUGCACGUGUUUGAAAAGAAACUGAGUUGUGGGUCUGUUUAAACCCUGCAUGUUGCCCUCCAGGCAAAAAGCAGUUCAAAGCUGUUGUUUAGUGGCAUUUUGUUUGAGGCUGUUUCUUCUCCAGUGUCUUUUAAUCCCUGCUAGGCAUUGUACUUGGGUGCCUUUAUUUUUUCAAUUCUCAUUGUAAUAUGAUUGUUUAUGCUUGAAUGUAUGCUUUUUUGUUGAUGCAUGUAACAUCGAUCUGGAUUCUUGGCGGUUUAAUGUUUUUUGAUUCUUUGCAUGUAAAGAGCAGCCAGUAUUUCAGACAUCAGAGAUGACUUCUUGUUCAGACAUCCUCUGUCCUCAAUUCAUCUUUCUCCUUUUUAUUAUUGAAUGUAAAGCUCAGGGUUUCACUUGGUGCACUGAAGGUUUCGGUGGCUGCAUCAAGGUUCUGGCAUUUGAAAAUGCCUCCUUUUUCUGGUAAUCAUCACUAUAAACUGUGAGUUUUGUCACACUAUAUUUGCACUAAAAUGGUUCCCAUUACGCCGUUGAAUGUAUUUUCUUAACCAUUAUGCACACUCUGGUUAAGUUCCUACAACUCUAUUUUUGAAAAAUAACUUGAAAAUUGAAUAUAAAUGAAGAUAUUUUAUUUUUUGUACACUCCUUCAUUUCAAAACUACCUAUUUCCCUGAAAUACUGGGGGAAAUUUGCAUUUAUAAGCUACUUUUGUUUACUAUUUAGUUGUAUAUGAAGUUCCAUUCCAAUUUGUCUCCACAUAGACAGACGUGUUUUGCAGAACUGCCAAUAAAAACUGCCAUAAUAGAUUUCAGUUUACAUUUACUUUAUGUAUUUAUUUUCUUAUUCAUCACAUGUCUGUAAUUGGUACUGUUGAUACUGACAGCCUGCAUUAUGUUCAGUCAGCAAGUGAGGCAGUCUGUACUGGCUGUAUAUCAAUAAAUCAAUCGAUCAGCAUCAA